CGUGCAUCAAAGCGCGCAAAAGAAAUCUGCGACGUGUGAGAAAGAGUAAAACCUCGACGAAAAACCUUAUUCAGUGAAGAACUUUCUUCCGCUCAUUGUGCAAGUUACCCGUCGCUGGUCAACUUACUUAUUCGCAAUGGCUCCUACUACUUCCUACUCGACGUCAGCAACUAUGGGCAGAGUCGUGGGCACUUCAAAUGCAGCGGAGGCUAAAUCCAACCUUGAGUUCGGAACGUCGGUCAUCAACACCAACUUUGAGCCCCGUACCGGCCCAGACUACAAGACCUUCAUGCUUGACAAGGCUUUUGUAGCCAGCUUCGAGAACCAGACGCCGCCUUUCGGCUUCAACGGUCUUGGCGAGCUCGUGUACAUGCGUACGUACUCGCGGGUCAAGUUGGACGGCACCAAGGAGCGUUGGUUUGAGACCAUCGAGCGCGUGAUUAACGGCACCUUUAAUAUGCAAAAGAAGUGGCUGUUGCAGCUGGGCCGUCCAUGGGACGAAGAAGAGAUGAACCGCAUUGCCCAGGAGAUGUACACUCGUAUCUACCAGAUGAAGUUCACGCCUCCUGGACGCGGUCUGUGGGCUAUGGGAUCACCGAUCACUGAGGACCGUGGUCUGUACGCGGCACUGAACAAUUGUGCUUUCGUAUCGACAGCUGAUAUACUUGAGAUCGCGACUCCAUCCAAACCAUUCUGCUUUUUGAUGGAGGCGGCCAUGCUUGGUGUCGGAGUGGGUUUUGAUACCAAGGGUGCCGGGAAACUGCUAGUACAAGGCUGCGAUGAGACCAAAACAAAUACCUACGUCAUUCCAGACUCCCGUGAAGGCUGGGUGGAGUCCGUGAAGUUGCUGCUGGAGGCGCAUUUCCUUCACCAACCAGCCUUGAAGUUCGAUUACACUUUGAUCCGUCCAGCUGGUGCUCCGAUCAAGGGCUUCGGUGGCAUCAGCUCCGGCGCCGGCUCGCUGACUGCUCUGCAUGUAGCUAUCGAGUCCAUUCUCAAACCUCUCGCAGGUAAGCUAUUGACAGCGCGUGGCAUCGUGGAUAUCAUGAACCAGAUGGGUGUCUGUGUGGUUUCAGGCAACGUCCGUCGUACUGCUGAGAUUGCCUUCGGUGACUACAACGAUGAAGAGUAUGUGGACCUGAAGAACUACAAGAAGAAUCCCGACCGUGCUGCGUUCGGUUGGACGUCUAACAACAGCAUUUUUGCUGAUAUCGGGAUGGAUUAUAAGCCUAUUGCUGAGCGGAUUGUGCGGAAUGGCGAGCCCGGUUUCGCGUGGCUUGAGAACAUGCGUAACUUUGGUCGUAUGAACGGUAUCAAGGACGAUCGUGACUGCAACGCAUGUGGUGGUAAUCCGUGCCUGGAGCAGACUCUUGAGUCGUACGAGAUGUGCUGUCUAGUGGAAACUUUCCCGUACAACCACGACAGUCUCGAGGAUUUCCUGGAGACGCUCAAGUACGCAUACAUGUACGCCAAGACAGUGACUCUCGGCCAGACGCAAUGGCCACGAACGAACGAGGUGAUGAAGCGCAACCGCCGCAUUGGUUGCAGCAUGUCCGGUAUCGCUCAGUUCAUCUCGAACCGUGGUCUUAACGAGUUCCAGCGUUGGUGUGAGGCAGGUUACGACAGGAUCCAGGAAGUGGACAAGCAGAUUUCGACUCGCUUUGCCAUUCCUCGGUCUAUCAAGACCACGUCUAUUAAACCUAGCGGAACGGUGUCGCUGCUUGCGGGUGCCACUCCAGGCAUGCACUACCCUGAAAGCCGCUUCUACAUCCGCCGCAUGCGUCUGGACAAACAUUCCAACCUUCUACCUACGCUGCAGCGUGCUGGGUACGAGAUCGAGCCUGCCCACGAGGCUCCAGACUCCACGUUCGUUGUCUCCGUACCGGGGUGUCGAAUUUUCUGUACUAAUCCUGUCCUAAAUGUCCUACAAAAUCCUAAAAAACGUCGUAAAUUACUGGAAUAGAUUGCAUAAUGUAUCCUAAAAGUGUUCUAAAUCCCGAAAUAUAUUCGAAUCCUAAUACUGUCCAAAACUAAAAACCGGUAUUUUAGACGGAAGUUUAGGACACAUCCUAAAAC